AUUUCGGGAGCAAGUCUCCGCCUGAUCACUACGCCUACACUUGAAAAGUAGUCCCUCCGCACCCAUCAAAGAUUUCUAAUUUCUCUUUCUAAGACAACAAAAAAAGUUGGCUAAGAACAUAUAUCGUUGCGUUAGUGAUUAUCUAGCACCGUAUUUUGGGGUAUUAAUUGAGUGAAUUGAGUUUUGAUCAGUCAGCUGCAGUUUCAGCUCAUUUAUUCGUGCAGCGUCUCUACCCUAGGUAGGACGACGAAAGCUCAGCAGUACUUUCCGACUUGAUGUAAUUUGUGUAAUCUGUUAUACAAGACCUGUUAUUCUCCGCGGGGUCGAGGGAUACUCAAGCCAAGCUGGAUGCCUUUCAAAUGAACGCGAUGGAGCUGCAAAGCCUUCAGAGUCAACUUAAAAGUGCCAUCCAGAACCAUCAGAUCGUGCUGUCAAAAAUGCGCAUUGAUCCUCAGAAUUCGUCUCUUCAGAGACAGCUCCACGAUUUGCAAGCAGAAAUCAUGACGCUGAGCGACAAGCAAAAACAGGUGGUACAACAACUAAGGUCAGAGCUUGAGCGGAAGCAAAGUUCAGCAGUUCUGAAGCUUUCUCACAAUGCGCAACUCCUACCUAGGGGCGUGCUGGGCGGCACAGGCGUUCCCGUGAAGCUGCAGGCAGCGCUCAAGGGGGGACCAGGGGGUGUGCUGCUGCCACAGGUGGUGGUGGUUCCAAGCUGCAGUGGACCACCUCACGGCCCGCCCACUCUGCUGGCCCCGUCAAUACGUGUGCCCCAGUACCCGCCCUGUGGCCAGCGCCUGACUCCACAGCAGCCAUUAUUGCAGGCCCAGCAGCCUCAGCAGCAGCAUCAGCAAUCCCAGCAUCAGCACACCUUGGUCACCACUGCAACGCCGGUGCCACGAGUCCCGAAGUCCUGCGUUGCCGUGCUUGUACAGGCAAGCAGCAUCAACAGCACAGCUGCGAGUUUGGUGGUGCCAAACCUCGGAACCAACGUUCACAGCAACACCAACAGGACCACUAUCACCACGACGACGACCACCACAACCACCACCAAUGGCAUCUGUGCAACGGGUGGUGCGACCACGAUGGUGACGGUGACAGCUGCAUUGCCUGCACCCGUGCCCACUGCGGCUGUGGCUCCACCUCGAAGAACUGUGCCUGUCGGUCCCCCUCCUCCAAGUGCCCCUCCACCAGCUAAGGAGGACCACCAGAAGCUGGAACUGCUUGGUGCCUUGGGCCUGAUGACCCGGGAGGCUCUGCGCGAGCUCCAGCAUCGUCGGGGAGAGCGCAAGCGGCGCACCACUGCCAACCCUCAUUUUUCUAGCGCUGCCCUGGAGGAGAAGCGGCGCAAUGCACUGCUUCUGAUUGGCGAAAACAUUGCCUCGGGCAGGAAAUGUCAAAAGGUGCGAUCACGCCUUGGUUCGUCCACACCAAGUUCACCGGAAGCAUCGUCGAAUGAGACCACGCCCAAUGGCCAUCCGUCACCACCACCCUGCUGCGAUGUCACCACAAAGGUGCUCACAAAGAGAGAAGAAGCACCAGUGCUUGUGAAUGGAGAUGUGCUGCAAAGCUGGACAAAAAGCACUCCUGAAGAGGUCACAAACAAUUCCUUGGGCUGGGUCAGUGACUACGCCCUACUGAAAAGUGCCAAAGCAGAAGAAAAGCAGAAGCUGCUGAAGAGAAGCCUGGAAUUAAAAGCCGAGCGCAUGCAGCUAGAAGCGAAGAAGCAGCAGCUGUCGGAGAUUAUUGCUAACCAGCAGAAGCGGCGCCUGGAGCUGCAGCUUGCCCUGCAGACUGUUCAGAACUCGUUGGAAAAGUUUGAGCGUGUUGUAAAACUCUUUAAAGAUGCUUCUUGAUUAGACAGGUGGUAGAGAGUGUGUGUGAGAGCUGUUGCAUCCCUCUGAAGGUUUUUCCACAUUUACCGCCAUCUGGAAGAAGAAGAAAAAGCCUCCCCAUGGAAGUCUCGCCCACGUUGGUGUCCCAGCCCCAAAGCCAACCCAGUCAGGACUGCCUCCUGCACCACCUAUCAAGUACCCUCCUACGCUACAGGUGCCAGGCACCACUGUGCUCGGACACUCAUAGACCUCAUCGUUUGUGGUCUUGGAUGCUUCACUGCUGAGCAGAUGGAGGCAGCACUGCAUACUACAAUUUUGGCCACUGUGCUGUGUUUGUGCGUGCGUGAGUGAGUGAUGGAGGGAGGGGCUGACGUGGAAACUGCACAUGAUGACGUGUUCAAGUGUACUGGGGGCUUGGCUUCAAUCAUGCGAGUAGAACUGCCAACAUUCUAGUCAAGUAUUCUGGGCAUUGUCAUGCACUGCGGUUUUCUGGGGAUUGCCAUUCCACGGAGGUAUCAAGCAGGAUCUGCCCAGUUUUUUUAAGGACGGUGCAGUUGAUAUAAUGUUUGGUUUCUGUAUGCAUGCCUUUAUUUUUCUUGUAUUUUUCUUUCCCUCAGUUUUCCUUACCUUUACAUGUAGAGAGGCCAGUGCGUAUGCAUCUAGAUGAACAGUUGCUUUCAUGCACAAAAUUAGGCUAAACUUUCUCUUUGCUGGUCCCUUGCUUUAUCUUGCCUUCUGGUUGCUGUAACAUUGGCAGAAAUAAAAAAAAAAUUGUAGACAGUAAAACACUUUAGGACCUAAAUUGCAAUGCAUUACAAAAUAAUGGAUCAUGGAUGCCUCUGAGGUGUAUUGGUUUUUGUAUAUGUUAGAUGUAUUAUUUCAUGCUCUACUAGCCAUGUAUUUAUUGUACAGUUUAUGGAGUUAUAAAUUUUAUUAUGUGAAGUUACUGAAAGGUAAUGUGCAGGCAUGCUCCUACGGGUCACGCCAAAACUUAUUUAUGUUUUGAAAAUGUCUGCAAUAUGGUGAUAACAGCUGCAUGUUAGACCUGAUGCCACCUGAGAGGCCAAGAACUGUUUUUAAUGUGUGCCUGAUGGAAUGUUGGCCACUAUAUUGGUGCGAACUUCAAGAAGUGUGUCAUCAUCUGUUCAUCCUACUUUUCAAGAGUGUUGACAUUUAGAGGAGCCAGAUACUACUUGCCAAGGCAUCUUUCACAAUGUACAACAGCGGGACUUUGCCACAUGCAUAUCUUGCCAUCUCCAAUUUUUGUGAAGUUGCAAAUGCUCAAGCCUAGAGAGAAGGGGGGGGGGGCAAUCAGCAUUGAAGGGAGUGGUUGUGCCUACCACGCACUAACAAAGGCAAAAUUUGUUGGCCACGUGAUUCUUGGGUGGUUAACAAGUGCCUGUAUUUGUUCCUGUGAUGUGCUUCGUUAAAGCAUUCGAGUGUGCACUGUCCUAAAGUUUUGACCUGUCUACAUGUCAGUUGAUAAACAGUGAGUGAACAAGUGAGGCCUGCGACCUCACGUUAGGGUCCCAUUUUUGUCCUGACAGAGACAAGUCUCCUUGUCUAAACUUUGCUCGUGGUUGAGGAUUAACUUGUUUGCACACUGUUGAUCAGUUCAAGUGUUCAUCUUCCAUGACCUCUUAAUAUGGUCUGUGUUGACACAAAAAAUGUUCAAAGUUGACAGUGGUGCGAGGUAGGCAGUAAUAAACAACGUGUCGUCAGUCAUGGCAUGACUAUUCACAUUGCAAGCUGUCCCCCCCCCCCCCCCCCCUUUUAAGCUGCUUUAAGGACUUCUGAUUGUGCUUGACUGGUUCUCAUUAUUUUUUUUUUGUCAGUUUUAAGCACCUUUGCAGAAGAAAACAGGUACUCAUGAGAUUGAUCUGAAGGCCAACAUUGUUUGCAAGGUGGACUACUGUGUGCCAAAUAAUGUUUGCAUUUGACAUGCAUGACCUCUUGAUGCCUGCAACUUUUCACACAAGGAAACGUGCACAUUUGGACUGUUUUUCGUCUACAUGGCUUAGCUGGCUAGUGAAUACUGUGCAGUUGAUUGGUAUGCUGCUACACAUAGUGUUUUUGUGGUUUCAUUGCAUGGGUUUAUAGAAACACGAGAUUGCUGAUAAGACUGAGAGGAAAUGUCAGUGAACUUGUGUUUCAUAUCAGCAGCUAGUCAUUGCCUAACAAUUCUGACCAGGGCCCAGUCAAAUAUGUAGCUAGCCAUUUGCAGCACUUUUUUGUAUGUAGAAACCUUUUGGUAAAAAUUUUGGCAACCUUGGUCACAUUUCUGAAGUGGGUGGCCACUGAGUUUUAUCAGUUUUUAACAUAGCUAGUUAACCAUAAUUUGUGAGACUCGUGCUUUCUCUUUGCACAAUAUUUUACAGAAUAUUGCCAGGCCAUCAUACUAGCAACACAGCACUGACUUACUGUAUUUAUUCGAGUAUAGGUCGACCUUCUUUGCAGUUCUUUUUUGCUUUUUUUUUUUUUUUGUAAAAAUAUUACCCAAAAUGAGCUAUCGACCCAUAUUCGUGUCCAAAGUACUGAGCUAACGGAAAUCCCUCCGUCAUGCAGGCCAGUCUGGAGAUUAUCCGGACUGACUUUUAUAAAUGCUGCAUAUCCAACGCAUUUGUCGGCACAGAACACGACGUAGUGCGAGGUGCUGAGAACAAAACUGCCGAAGCGUCCAACAACGGCUACUGCUCUGGCUGUUCCGACAAAGAUGCAGCUUGUGGCAAUGACUAGCCAAAUAUUUAGUAGCCGAGGUUAUGGUAUAAACAAAGUUCUUGGCUUUUCUGUAAAGAUAUGGGUCGAUAUAUUGUUGAUUAUAUAUGGGUUGACUAACAUUCAACGGUAGUUUACCUCACACCCGGAAUAUGCUUUAUGGAACAAUUACAGAAAUUCAUGGGUCUAAGACACUGGAAAUGAUGUGCUGGGACAUUUAGGGCUCAGUAGACAAUUAACUGUUGCCAAAGUGGUAUGCUGAUGCCAGUAUCGUAAAUGUAGCAUGCAGAACUGGACAGCAAAUUCAGUAAUUAGUAUAGUAUGUUGUUAGCACACAAAUGAGACAAGUUACUGAUAACUGUCAGACUACAGGGUGCUGUUGAGUUUUCCUGACUGAAUGAUGAGUAGGCUUAAAAGGUUUAUCUGAGUGCAUGGGAGCAAUUUACUGUAAUUGCCAUUUCAUGAAUUGUGAGCAAUCUGCUGGAGUUGCUUGCACUUGUUGCAGCUUCUAAGCCACUUCUGAAUUUAACGCUUUGCUUACAAGUAGAAAAAUACCAUAUUCUCUUGUCUAAGCCGCUUUUCUCUAUUUCGAGGAAGGAAAUGGUUGAAAAAAAUUGUGCACAAAUGUAAGCACUCCAUUAUUCCGUUAGUGUAAGCCAUCACCAUUCAAGAAGAAAUCAUGGCAAUGUCUUCUCAGAAAUGCAGCACUGCAAUUAAGCUUGAAGGGACAAAAUUAAUGCUUUAAUGAUUCUGGCGAGUGAUGGCUAAAGAUAGUCACUAUUUAGGUAAUGUGACGGCAGUCAGUACAUUAACCAGCAGACCAUUCUUUCUGGCAGUCAGCAGGAUUUCGAAGUGCUUGCUUUUUUUCACUUUUCAAUGAGGUAAUAAUUCUUGCUAAGAUAUAGUGGUGCGACUCAUUUGUUUUGAAUUUAAGUAUCUUCCCUUACUCUCGUCAUCACAGGUACAAAAAGAAAAAGGAAGCUGUUGGCAAGUUUUGAGAAAAUAUGAUAUAAGAAUUCUUUAAGAUCUGGUGUCAUAUUUUGUUGAUCACUCUUAGGGACGUCAAAUUCCCUGUGCAACAAAGGCUUGCUGAAAAGGCAAGUUUUCGAUGAACGAAGUGAAGCUUAUGGACACGUGCAUCUUAAGGGGACCUGCAACACUUUUUCCUCAGAAUUUGCCUACUAUUAAAGGGCAGCUCCUCGCGAGUCUUUUCCAACCAAGUUUUUAAAUCUGCUUUGUAUUGGCAUUCAAGUGCUGCUGACCCUCAUAAUAACCCUUACCCUCUUUUUCGUCGUUUGAAGGUUCUGCUGUGCUCACACUGAAAAUGCCCAGUGUGCUCUGCCAAACACUACGCAAAGCUCUAGAUAGUGCGGUGCAACACUCCAGCAUAGCGCCUGUUUUUUAGGUCAUAGUUUCGGCACAGUGGCACUGUUCUCAGCCACUGGAUAGUCCAGUCGCCCUAUCAGUUAUUAGAUUUCUCCCCUUUUCUAUGCCCAGGAGGCACUGCUUAUUCAUGCCUUCAAAAGGAAUUCAGGCAGUGGCCAUUGUGUAUAUAAGUAUGUGGAAUAUACACCAACAGUGAAUGGGAUGUUGGAAAUUGAAGGAAAUAUUUUGAAUGAAGCUGUAGGCCUCUUGCUGUGAGUACAAGAUUAAUGCUAGGCACUUGUGUCCAUGACAUUAUUAUAUAAAAACUAAGCAGGUCUAUGUGUCAUGUUCAAAAGCUGUUGCAGGGCCGCUUUAAGGUGUGAACUGGGCAAUUCAGAGCUGGAUUUUUUGCUCAAUGCAGCGUGUUUCACUGGUCCAUUCGGAGCAGAUGUGUAUGUACCUCUGGUCAUUUUGAAUCGUCUCUCGCUGUGGUUGAUAACAGUGUUUGCUGUACGGAAGUGCUACGCUCUUGAUUUCAUACAUAGCAGGCAAUACUACGAAGGUUACAGAUUUUUCUUGCUGCUCGCAUUGGUGUGCUAAUGGUGUAUUACAUACGAAAGAAAGACGUAGGUACAAAUCAUGUAUGUGACCGUAAAUCACAUUUUUUUUGUUGCAAAAUAUGACAAAAUGGUUAAAUGGAAGGCAUAGUGGUAUUUCAACCUCUUCACCACCGAGCAAGCGAAGUGACACAUUUCUGUGACCAGUGGCCAUAUUGCUCCGCUUGAGCUUGCGACCAAAACAUUGUGCGUAGCAUACUGGCAGGACAAAGAUGCAGAAACAAUACACGAGGUGAUCUAACCUUGCAUACAGAAGUUGUUGCAAUCUACAGAGAAGUUAUUCCGUUGGGAGCAUCUCAGAUUGCAAACAAAUACACUGCAAAAUGUGUGUAAGGAGACUUUCAUAACCACCCCACUUGCGUAGCUUCCUGAGCAUUGCCUGUUAAGUAUGAAACUGACUAUAGAGCAUGCCGUUUCCCGCUGGCUGCCAGUGACAAGUUAUGCUGUGAUCCAGCACUGAGCAUUUUGUUUUGUUUUGCUUUUUCUGGCAGGAUUGAAUUUCUGAAAUCUUUGCGCUUGCUUGAGUACUCAGGUGCCAUCACCAAACUACCUAUUGAAUUUUCAAUUAGUUUUGUGUAGUUUUCACUAUGCAGUGCAACUUCCUCUUUCAGUAUGUGUCAGCUGUCUUCAACUUAUGGAAAUGGAUGUGAUCAAAAACACUUGUGCCUAGGCACAUUUCUCAUCAGCAUUAUCUUCGUGUUGUCUUUGAGAGGAUAGGCAGGCAGAAAUGUUGCAACAUCAGUGAGUGCUUGUCACUGCUGUGGGGGUGUACUGAAUGUGAUGUCAUGCAAAAGUGAAGAUGUUGCAAAAGUGGCUGAUUGAGAGCGUAACUCCUCAUUUUUACGUGCUACGAAUGUGCACUUUCGCUACUCUGAGUUGGUGUUGAAAAUGCCUUCGGGACAGGGUUGAAGGGAGAAAAGCCAUACAUUGUGAUUUCGGUGCAUAUGCAUAGUACGAAGUGUCUUGACGGCUGUUUUCGUGCGCCACUGAGCUAAGUUCUCUCGCAGUUUGAUUCCAGUUAUUACAAAACAUUGUGCACGCACCCUGUUAUUUCAAAAGGACAAAUAAUUUCACCGUGUAAUUGUAUAGGAAGCGCAUAAGCAUUUUGAAUGUUUCAAAGGGCAUUUUGUUUUUCUUUUAUUUGUACUGAGCUCUCCCAUGUUUAAUGGAUGUGGUAUGGGUGCAGGCAGAAGUCAUUUUUUUUAUGUUAAAUGUUGAUUUAUGAUAAGCCGUUAUUGGAUAGUUGUAGCAAACUUUUCCUGUGCAACUUUAUGACCUCGAAUUGUGGAAGCUUGAUUCUCUAAAAUAGGAAUGUAUUGCAGUUGGUGCACGUUGUUCAUUGAUUGAAAGAGCCAGCCCACCUUGAGAACAUAUCAUAUGUUGCUCGAGUUCAUCAUUAUCAUGCCAUUUCCUUGCCGUAGGUUUUAUCUUGUGUGGUAUGCCCUAGUGAGUGGGUGUUCCUAUUAUAGUGUGCAUGCAGAGUGACUAUUUUUUGCUACAAGGUGCGACUGUUUGAUGAUACACAGGGCAUUGUGGCAUGCAACAUAUGUAUAUAAUAACAGAAGAUAUGAGCUCACUAGUCGCACAGAUUAUUCAUUUGUUUCCAGAGUGUACAAAAAUUAUAUAUAACUUUCAGUGCUGUUGUGUGAGUGUGGACUAACCAAAAAACAAGUUUGGUUGUGCCCAUGUUUGCAAGAUAAAAACUUUUUGUUUUCUAUAGUAUAGUAUGGGGGAGGGGGAUACACAUUGUUAUAAUCAUACUUUUUUGGCUUGUUUUGUCAUACCCAUUCUUGAUAGCAUAUUUCUUGCCUUAUUGUCAUACUUAUUGUCAGUCUUUAUGAGAUGCUCAUUUGUGAAAUUUAUGCUACAGAUAUUGAGGAAGUGUGUAUGCAUUUGCACCCUCCCUCCUUGUUAACCAUGUACAGAAACUGUAUGUCAUCAUGCAUUCAUGGUAGGACAUCCUUUUUUUUAUCUUUUAGAAAACUGAUGGAAUUAAAUAUACAUAUUCAAAGCCUGA